AAAUUGUUUUUGAAAAAUGCAGUACAGCAGCCGUUCGGAAAAUUAUUCCUCUUCUUUAAGAGAUUCACCACCAAAAUGGACCAGUGGCAAGGAUCAUAAGACUGGAUAUUCUUAUAAAACCUCUGCAGCAUAUCAGUAUUCCAAUACAGGCUCUGGCAGUGGCUCUUAUCAACAGGACAAGCCAAUUGAUAAAAAUAUCGAUCAAUUAGAUGCUCUAUUGGAAGAUUUGAAAAAUGAAAGGGAAAUAACCAGGGACAGAGAUCAUUCUAUGAACUAUAGGACCAUUGAACGUUCAACCAAUGAGGAUCCAUUGACGGGGACCGUUACCAAAACCACAAAAGUUAUAAAAACUUCGAAAAAUAUUAGCGGUGGUUUGGCGGAUGAUAGCGAAUUGUAUCCAACAUCGGAUUACAGUACCCUGAGAUCCAAUGGUACCUUGGUGCGUAAUGAUUAUCAAACGCUGGAAAAGCCCUAUGUUGGAAGCAACCUCUCACCCGGCGGUGGUUUCUAUGAAACAAAACAUCAAACGAAAAUCUAUGAAAGCAAUCGUUCAUUGAAUAAACCCGAAUUUGUGCCAACUGCCAAUUCGACGGUGGUCUCCAACACCCAAACAAAUGCCACUCUCCUACAAGAGGACUUGAAAAAUCUCACCGUCAGUGAAGACAUUCUCCCCGUGCCAGGCACAAAGGUCACAACGACAGUACGCACCUACACCUAUGAGAUACCGGCUAAUGCACCACUACCUACCUCGAAUACAUUGAGUCGUAAAAUUCAAUACAAUACCAUUCAAACGAAUGAAACUAAUAAUGUGGUUCAACCGCAUCCCGUCCAUGCCAUACCCCAGACGGUGGUCUACAAUACGGAAAGUUAUUCCACCUUGAAUAAGGACAACAAACCGGUGGUGUCAAAUGUUAACUAUGAAGUACGUGAACAUUAUGAAACGAACACAUUGAGGAAUAACACUUUGCCAUUGCAACCAAGAAAUCAUCAACAUCCAGUAUCACCAGGACCACUAGGACCAACAUCUGGUGAACCACCAGUUGGCAGUAAUACCAUUGUUUAUAAUAUUCACAAUACGACCACCACAACGAACACGGAAAGGCCCGGAUAUCCCGGACAUAGUCCCAAUAAUCAAGGGCCACGUAGUCCAGUUUCACCGCAACAUGGGCCAGGACCCCAUCAUGGUCCUGGUGGACCCACAACACAUCAUUACAUCUACAAGGAAUCUACUAACACGGUUAAUACCAUUCACGGUGGACCACCACAUGAACCAAAUAAACCACAUGGUGGUUAUCCACCAAAUGGUAGCACCGGUGGUUAUCCACCAACUAAUGGUGGUCCUGGCUAUCCCGGCAAUGGUCAUCCACCACAUACGAAUAUAACCUACAAUUAUUCUUCGACUACCACAAAUACCAGUAAUACACGAGGUGGUCCCAAUUACGGCUCACCAUCGACACCAUUGCCACCAGCACCCUUCCCAGUGGACGGUGUUGUUGAGUAUCCCACAACAAAUGGUAAUCCACCACAGCGUGUUGAGGAGCUAAUGCAAUCUCUGGGAAAUACCGAUUCCGUUGAUAGACCCGAUUUGAACACACCACGCAAACGUGAAAUUGAAACUGCCGUGGCCACGCCCAAUCAACAACAAAUACCAUCGGUUAAUAGAGCUGGUCGGGAAAUCUACUAUCCACCAGGACAUGAAAUGAUGUUGACCAAACGCUCGGAAAUGCAUGCUUCAGGAUCACAAGCUGGCGGACGGUGGGCCAAAGGUUCCGGAAUGUAUGAAUAUGAAUCUGGUUCUAGAUCUAAGACCACUACCAAAUCUGGCGGUGCCAUGGUACCCGUUUGCUUGCCACUCUGCUGUGCUAUGCCUUGCUCAAUAAUGUAAUUCUUGCGAGGAAUGUGC